AUGUCGGAACUUCGGUGUCGUUCCCUUAGUUGGAACGACUUUUCUGGAUUCUUAAAGAGGUUGAAAACUUUAGCUUUAUCAAAUAACUUUUUAUAUGGUGAGAUACCAAAUUCUUUUUCUCUUCUUACAAAUUUGAUUCAUUUGGAUUUAUCUUUGAAUCAAUUACAUGGUCAGUUACCUGUCAACAUUGGAAAGCUUACGAGUCUUAGUUAUUUUUUGGUUGCCAACAAUAACUUGAUUGGAAAAAUCACACCACAGAUUACAGGAUACAAUAUCAUGAAUUUUAAAAACUAUUCUAUCCGCAACUUGGUUGAUCUUGAAAUCCUUGAUUUAUCUUAUAAUAAGUUUAAUGGAGAAGUUCCUCAUUGCUUGGGCAAUACUAAUUUCACUGACAAUCAGUUAGAAGGAGCUAUACCUAGGUCUUUAUGUAAAUGUAAAAACCUGAAAGUCCUUAAUUUGAGGAACAACAAAUUCAAAGAUGUAUUCCCCUAUUGGUUAGGUAGCCUUCCGUAUCUAGAGGUUCUCAGCCUACCCUUUAAUAAAUUUCAUGGUGAUAUAACUAACAAUUUAUCAAAGAUUGCAACAUCUCCUUUUUCAAAUCUACAAAUUCUCGACCUUUCAAACAAUAAUUUCUGUGGUAAGUUGCCAUUCAUGUACAUCAAACAAUUUCGUUCCAUGAUGGAUAUCGACAUGUCUACUAUAGGAAGUCCAAGGUACUUAAAAAAUAAAUUUGGUAAUUAUAUGUACUCCAUCAAGAUGAUAGUAAAGGGGAAGCAACUGGAUCAUAAGAAGAUAAUUACUUCUAAGUCAACAUUUGAUAUGUCGAAUAAUCACUUUGAAGGAGAGAUUCCAAAUUCUAUAGAGAUGUUGCGAGCACUUCGAAAUCUUAAUCUCUUGCAUAACCUACUUACCGGAAACAUCCCUCCAUCCAUCGGGAACUUAUCAUUAUUGGAUGGUUUAGACCUAUCAUCAAUUAGGCUUAUCGGUGAAAUUCCUCAAGAACUUGUUAGUUUAAAAUUUCUCGAGGUUUUUAUUGUUUCAUAUAAUCAACUGGAAGGGCCUAUACCCCGUGGUAACAAUUUUGAUACCUUCUCAUCUUAUUCGUACGAGGGAAAUCUUGAAUUGUGUGGAGCACCAUUACUUGAAUGCUAA